AUCUUGCUGUCAAAGCGUCAUUACAAAGCAUUUUGCGAGUGGACAUAAAAAUACAAAAAUCGGAAGUUUCGUUUGAAAAAGGCUGCGAAAUUAAUAUUAAAUUUAGGCCGAAAGAGAAAUAUUGAUCAAAAUGGUUCUGGAAAGUACAAUGCUAUGCUUCGACAAUAGCGAUUACCAGCGGAACGGCGACUAUUUCCCUACUCGGUUGAACGCACAAAAGGAUGGUGUGAAUCUGGUUUGUCUCUCGAAGGUGCGUUCCAAUCCGGAGAAUAAUGUGGGUUUGCUAACACUGUCGAACACCACCGAAGUACUGGCCACGCUCACUAGCGACGUCGGGAGGAUUUUGUCCAAGCUGCAUCUGGUUAACCCGGGCGGCGACAUCAAUUUGCUGACGGGGCUGAGAAUCGCUCAUUUGGUUCUCAAACAUCGUCAAGGAAAGAACCAUAAAAUGCGAAUCGUAGUUUUUGUAGGUUCACCCGUAGGUCACGAUGAGGGUGAAUUAGUAAAGUUGGCAAAAAAAUUGAAAAAGGAAAAGGUUAAUGUUGACAUUGUAAGCUUCGGUGAUCAUCAGAAAAACAAUGAUGUUUUCACUUCCUUUAUUAAUGUAUUGAACGGUAAAGAUGGUACUGGAUCGCACUUAGUGUGCGUUCCCCGUGGAUCAGUUCUUUCGGAAGCACUUAUUUCUUCGCCAAUUAUUCAAGGAGAAGACGGAACCGGAGCUGCUGGUUUGGGUGGAGCUGGAUUUGAAUUUGGAGUUGAUCCGAAUGAGGAUCCCGAGCUGGCUCUGGCUUUGCGGGUCUCAAUGGAAGAACAGCGGCAACGUCAGGAGGAGGAACAGCGGCGUGUGCAGGCUACUAGUGGAGCAGAAGCAACCGGUCAAGAGGGUACUUCUUCCGGUGGAGUUGCUUUGGUAAGUCAGCCGAAUACAGAAGAAGCACUUUUAGAGCGUGCUCUCGCCUUGUCUACUGAUGACGCAAUGCCUGACUUCGCGAAUAUGACCGAGGAGGAGCAGAUUGCCUUUGCAAUGCAGAUGUCCAUGCAGGAUGCCCAACAAGAAACACCAAUUUCGCAACCGGCAAAACGCCAGAAGAAAGAGGAAACGCCAAUGGAGGUGGACGAGGAUAUUAAUGAAGUGAUUGCGGAUCCGGAGUUUUUGCAAAGCGUACUAGAGAAUUUACCCGGUGUCGAUCCUCAUUCGGAAGCUAUUCGCGAUGCCGUUGGUUCACUGAACAAGGAUAAGAAGCAGUCGGACAAAGAAGGGGGUGAUAAGAAAUAAUCGAAAUGAAAUACUUUUGCUAAUCUUAUAUAAUAAAAACAUUUCAUUUAUCUGCAGCCUAUCAGCUUAAUACAGGCAAUAGA